UUUCAUACUAUCGAUACUAUUACGACUAUCGAUAUCAUCGGUUGGCUUUAAGCGAUCGCUCCAAUCGAUUGUGCCAUCGAUGUUUGAACAGCUGCAGUGCAAAUGGAUUUGUUUAUCAGCAAGGAGCUGACCUUGACCAGCAGCACCGGACUGGAGGAUGUGGCGCCGCACUGCCUCAAGCUGCUUGUCUGGCUGCGCUCCUGCCAGGAGGAGAUGCGUUCCGAGCACCGCCACCUGCGACUCAGCCAAUCCCUCAUAGAGUCCCUGCUGAAGGCCCACCUGUACCUGUUCGAGUGCUACGAUCGCUUUGGCGAGCCCCUGGCGGAUCGCUGCGACUCGCAUGGCUUUUUCGCUGCCAGCUCCACGCCGGAGGAACGGAGGCAGUGCAUCCGGGAGCUGUGCACGGCCAUUGUAAACACGAAAAAGGGAGAAACGCAUGCGGUGGUGCUACACCUGAUGCACCGGACCUUCGCCGAGAUUCAGCCAGCUUGGAGCGUAAUCCACGAGCUGGACUGGUCGGAGAUUCGGCGAUCGGAGGCGCUGACCAGUAGCGAUUUCAUCAGUCCCGAACUGCAGCAGAUGCGCCGCCUGGUGAAGCGGAUUGGUCGCUUGUCCAGCCUGCAGCACAUGGAAAUCGCUCUGCAGCGAGCUCUGAAGCUGGUUGGCUUCCAGGUGUGGCUGCAUCUCUUCCGGGAAUCGAGGGAUAGCGACAUUCAUUCCGACUGCCACCUACUGCGUCACAUGAUCUGCGACACCCUCACGGAAGCGCGAUCACCAUCACCAGCCUGCUCCGGUUUCCUGCACAACAUCUACCUGUUCGUAUCGCAGCCGGCCAGCGAGGUGAGAUUUUGGGCCUGUCUAGAGCACAAGCGUCUGGCUGGCAGCCUGAGUGCCUACCUAAGCGGCCAUUGGAGCCGAAACCUGCCCUUUUUCAACCUGGAUGAGAUGCAAAUGAGCGCGGACGCUCCGGCCAUGGAUGCGUCGCAACUGCCCCUGAACGAGGCCAUUUAUGUGACCCACCUAAUGGUGGCCACACGAUCCCCGUGCCGCCGCCAGUUCGUUCAGCAGCUACGCACCAUCCUGUCCCCCAGCUCCUGGACCCAGCUGCUGCAGCUGCUCAAUAAAGUGGCCUUCGUAUUCAGUUAACACA